AUGUCGACAGCUGCCCGACGCCGGUUGAUGCGCGACUUCAAGCGUAUGCAGACCGAUCCGCCUGCCGGAGUUUCAGCAUCUCCCAUUCCCGACAAUGUCAUGACCUGGUUCGUUGCCCCUCACACCUCCACCACCAAGAACAUGCAAGGUUCGAUUGCUAACCAUGUCUCAUCGCCCUCGCUGUACAGGAAUGCCGUCAUUAUAGGGCCAGCCGACACACCAUUUGAAGAUGGAACAUUCCGGCUCGUCAUGCAGUUUGAAGAACAAUACCCCAACAAGCCUCCUCAGGUCAAGUUCAUCAGCCAGAUGUUCCACCCCAACGUUUACGCCACCGGCGAGUUGUGCUUGGAUAUUUUACAAAAUCGAUGGAGCCCAACGUACGAUGUCGCUGCCGUUCUGACCAGCAUUCAAAGUCUACUAAACGACCCCAACACCGGCUCACCAGCGAACGUGGAGGCUUCGAACCUAUACAAAGACAACCGAAAGGAGUAUACUAAGCGCGUACGAGAGACUGUUGAGAGAAGUUGGGAAGACUAA